GUGACGCCCACGUGCCCCCGGGGCCCCGCGCCGCCAUGAACUCCCCCAACGAGGCCGAAUGUGAGCCCCCUGAGGGACAGAGCCCGUCCGGUUCCCACCAGCGUCUUCCUUCCCAGCGCUUAGGACGGUGCCCCGCACACAAUGGGCCGUCCGGACGCAAGCAGCAGCAGCAGCCGCCGCAGCAGCCCCUGGACAUCCUGGCCCGCACCGCCCUCCGCGCCCUCCCCAGGACAGCGGUGGAGGUGAAGCCGGGGGCCAUGCCGGGCGGGGGCGGGGGCAGCCCCGGCGGCGCGGAGCCCCAGGGGUCGGGCCCGGCGGCGGGGCCGGCGGUGGACCCGGCGCUGCGCGAGCAGCAGCUGCAGCAGGAACUCCUGGCCCUGAAGCAGCAGCAGCAGCUCCAGAAGCAGCUCCUCUUCGCCGAGUUCCAGAAGCAGCACGACCACCUGACCCGGCAGCACGAAGUCCAGCUCCAGAAGCACCUCAAGCAGCAGCAGGAGAUGCUGGUGGCCAAGAGGCAGCAGGAGCUGGAGCAGCAGCGGCAGAGGGAGCAGCAGCGGCAGGAAGAGCUGGACAAGCAGCGCCUGGAACAGCAGCUCCUCAUCCUCCGCAACAAGGAGAAGAGCAAAGAGAGCGCCAUCGCCAGCACCGAGGUGAAGCUGAAGCUCCAGGAGUUCCUGCUGAGCAAGUCGAAGGAGCCCCCGCCGGGCGGCCUCAACCAUUCCCUCCCGCAGCACCCCAAAUGCUGGGGAGCCCACCAUGCCUCGUUGGACCAGAGUUCCCCCCCCCAGAGCGGCCCCCCUGGAACCCCCCCUUCCUACAAGCUGCCCCUCCUUGGGCCCUAUGACAGCCGGGACGACUUCCCCCUCCGCAAAACAGCCUCCGAACCGAACCUGAAGGUGCGCUCGCGGCUAAAGCAGAAGGUGGCCGAGCGCAGGAGCAGCCCCCUCCUGCGCAGGAAAGAUGGGACCGUCAUCAGCGCCUUCAAGAAGAGAGCCAUCGAAAUCACAGUGUCGUCGGUGUGCAACAGCGCUCCCGGCUCCGGCCCCAGCUCCCCCAACAGCUCCAACCACGCCAUCGCCGAGAACGGCUUCACGGGCUCCGUCCCCAACAUCCCCACCGAGAUGGUCCCCCAGCACCGGGCCCUGCCUCUGGACGGCUCCUCCAGCCAGUUCAGCCUGUACACGUCCCCGUCCCUGCCCAACAUCUCCCUGGGCCUGCAGGCCACCGUCACCAACUCGCACCUUCCCGCCGCCUCCCCAAAGCUGACGGCCCAGCAGGAGGCGGAGCGCCAGGCCAUCCAGUCCCUGCGGCAGGGGGGCGCGCUGACGGGCAAGUUCGUGAGCACGUCGUCCAUCCCCGGCUGCCUCUUGGGGGUGGCACUGGAGGGCGACGCCAACCCCCACGGGCACGCCUCGCUGCUGCAGCACGUCCUCCUCCUGGAACAGGCCCGGCAGCAAAGCACCCUUAUCGCCGUGCCCCUCCACGGUCAGUCUCCGCUGGUGGCGGGCGAGCGGAUGGCCACCAGCAUGCGGACGGUGGGCCAGCUGCCCCGCCACCGUCCCCUGAGCCGGACCCAGUCGUCCCCGCUGCCCCAGAGCCCCCAGGCCCUGCAGCAGCUGGUCCUGCAGCAGCAGCAGCAGCACCAGCAGCAGCACCAGCAGCAGCACCAGCACUUCCUGGAGAAGCAGCAGCUGCAGCUGGGCAAGAUGAUCACCAAGGCGGGGGACCUGACCCGGCAGCCGCUCUCGCACCCCGAAGAGACGGAGGAGGAGCUGACCGAGCAGCAGGAGGCCCCGCUUGGGGAGGGGGCGCCGCCGGCACCCGGGGACGGCUCGCCCGAGAGCCAGAGCACCCAGGGGGACCUCGAGGAGGAGGAGGAGGAGGAGGAGGAAGAGGAGGAAGACGAGGCGGCGGCGGAGGGGGACGGGGGAGAGGAGGAGGAAGAGGACUGCUGUAUCCAGGUGAAGGACCAGGACGCGGAGAGCAGGGCCGAGGAGAGGCCCGAGCUGGAGGAGCCCGCCGGGGGAUACAAGCAGGUGUUCGUCGACGUCCAGCCGCUGCAGCCGCUGCAGGUGUUCCAGCCUCCGCUGAGCCUGGCGGCGGUGCCCCACCCGGCCCUGGGCCGUACCCAGUCCUCGCCCGCCGCCCCCGCAGCCGCCGUCGCCGCCAAGACUGCGCCCGACCUGCCCGUCAAACACCUCUUUACCACAGGGGUGGUGUAUGACACCUUCAUGCUGAAGCACCAGUGCAUGUGCGGAAACACCCACAUCCACCCGGAGCACGCCGGCCGCAUCCAGAGCAUCUGGUCCCGGCUGCAGGAGACCGGGCUCCUCAGCAAGUGCGAGCGGAUCCGGGGCCGCAAGGCCACGCUGGACGAGAUCCAGACGGUGCAUUCGGAGCCGCACACCCUGCUUUACGGGACCAGCCCCCUCAACCGGCAGAAGCUCGACAGCAAGAAGCUGCUGGGCCCCAUCAGCCAGAAGAUGUACGCCGUGCUGCCCUGCGGGGGCAUCGGGGUGGACAGUGACACGGUGUGGAACGAGAUGCACAGCUCCAGUGCGGUGCGCAUGGCGGUGGGCUGCCUGGUGGAACUGGCCUUCAAGGUGGCUGCGGGGGAGCUCAAGAAUGGGUUUGCCAUCAUCCGCCCCCCGGGACACCAUGCGGAGGAAUCCACCGCCAUGGGCUUCUGCUUCUUCAACUCGGUGGCCAUCACUGCCAAACUCCUGCAGCAGAAGCUGAGCGUGGGCAAAGUCCUCAUCGUCGACUGGGACAUCCACCACGGCAACGGGACGCAGCAAGCUUUCUACAGUGACCCCUCCGUGCUCUACAUCUCUCUGCAUCGCUAUGACAACGGGAACUUCUUCCCGGGCAGCGGAGCCCCCGAGGAGGUGGGCGGCGGACCGGGCACGGGCUUCAACGUGAACGUGGCCUGGACGGGCGGCGUGGAGCCCCCCAUCGGGGACGUGGAGUACCUGACGGCCUUCAGGACAGUGGUGAUGCCCAUCGCCCACGAGUUCUCCCCCGACGUGGUCCUGGUGUCCGCCGGCUUCGACGCGGUCGAGGGCCACCUGUCCCCGCUGGGCGGCUACUCCGUCACAGCCAGAUGUUUCGGCCACCUGACCAGACAGCUGAUGAAGCUGGCGGGGGGCCGGGUGGUCCUGGCCCUGGAGGGGGGCCACGAUCUGACGGCCAUCUGCGACGCCUCAGAGGCCUGCGUCUCGGCCCUGCUCAGCGUGGAGCUGGAGCCCCUGGACGAAGCCGUGCUGCAGCAGAGGCCCAACGUGAACGCCGUGACCACCCUGGAGAAAGUCAUCGAAAUCCAGAGCAAACACUGGAGCUGUGUCCAGCGCAGCGCGGCCGGGCUGGGGCGAUCGCUGCUGGAGGCGCAGGAGGGCGAAGGGGCUGAGGCGGAGACGGUGAGCGCCAUGGCGCUGCUAUCUGUGGGCGCGGAGCAGGCCGGGCCCGACCUCCUCCCCAGGCCGGCGGAAGAGCCCAUGGAGCAGGAGCCCGCGGUGUGACGGACAGACGCCCGCCCGUCCGCCCGUCCGCCCGUCCGCCCGCUCUGGGGCUCGUCAUUGUGAUUUUGUUUAUUUUUUCUAUUAAAAAGAAAAAGUCACACACCCGA